AUGGUGCAGUCAUAUGAAGUGAACUCUAGAGGCGUGGAAAUUUUCACAAAAAGUUGGCUUCCAAAAACCUGCUCCCCCAAAGCAAUUAUUUAUUACUGUCAUGGUUACGGAGAUACUUGCACAUUCUUGGCUGAAGGAAUUGCUAGGAAGUUAGUAUUUUCUGGAUAUGGAGUUUUUGCGAUGGAUUAUCCAGGAUUUGGUCUUUCAGAAGGUCUUCAUGGAUAUAUUCCAAGCUUUGAUAUCCUGGUUGAUGAUGUCAUUGAGCAGUACUCAAAAACCAAAGGUACAGCUGCUUUGGAGGCACCAAGGAUUUUGAAUCUAAACAACAAUAAAUAUUUCUCUGGACCUUAUGGGGAGGAUGUUGUCUUCAUUGCCAAUGAUUGGCACACUGCUCUUCUUCCAUGUUAUCUGAAGACCAAGUACAAACCUAUGGGGAUCUACAAGAAUGCCAGAGUUGUUUUCUGCAUCCAUAACAUUGCCUACAAAGGGAGAUUUCCUUUUGCAGACUUCUCUCUUCUCAAUCUUCCGGAACAAUAUAAGGGCUCUUUUGAUUUUAUUGAUGGGUAUGACAAGCCUGCCAAGGGAAGGAAAAUUAACUGGAUGAAGGGUGGAAUAUUAGAAUCAGACAGGGUCGUAACAGUGAGCCCAUACUAUGCCCAGGAACUUGUUUCUGGUAUAGAUAAGGGUGUGGAAUUGGAUAACAUCAUUCGUAAGACCGGUAUAACUGGUAUUGUCAAUGGCAUGGAUGUCCAGGAGUGGAAUCCAUCUACAGAUAAAUACAUUGAUGUCAAAUAUAAUGCCACAACUGUCAUGGCUGCAAAGCGUCUUUUGAAGGAAGCACUUCAAGCAGAAGUUGGGUUGCCUGUGGACGCAAACAUCCCCUUGAUCGGAUUCAUUGGUAGACUAGAAGAGCAGAAAGGCUCGGAUAUCCUAGCGGCUGCCAUUCCUAAAUUCAUUAGAGAGAAUGUUCAGAUUGUAGUUCUUGCCACACUUUUACUUCUGACAGUGGCAGUUGUUGAGCUCAGUGAUAUUGCAUUUGCAGUUGACUCUAUACCAGCAGUUUUUGGUGUUACUCGAGACCCUUCCGUAGUUUUCACAUCUAAUUUCUUUGCCAUCUUAGUGUUUCUUGGCAUGUAG